AUGCUUAUCGUCCCGGCGUCGUUCGGGCUGGAUGCCCUGCUCGCCGGCCUGCCCUUACUUCGAGAGCCCCGCCUCGGAAAACAGUUGCUGGAGCGCAUUUCCAUCGGCCACGCGCCGGGCUCGGCUGCAGCUCGCCAGCCGCCUGUCGGGUCCCACCACCGCCCAUUCCGGUUCACCGCGCCGGCGCGUGGAUCCAGGCCGAAGAUCGCCGCCGUUAUCUGGAGCUGUGGGGCCAGCGGGAAGAGGAAAGGGGCCAUGUGCAGCCACCACGCAAUGCUCCAUUUGAUCGUCUCCUUUUGGCACCAGAAACUCGACUUGCGCUACACAGGACUCCAAACUAUCGUCCUGUUCUCGAUUUCCACAGGAAGUUCGAGCCUCGCCGAAGAGAUUGCCGAGAGGAGGAUCACCUCCUUGCAGAUCGCCCCUCCUUCAGCCGCCUUCUUGGCGAAGUCUCCGCUGCUGGACGACGCCCGUCAUGACUUGAGUAGGAGCGGCGGGGCACCAGUGGCUCCGGACAUUGUGGAAACAGUGAAGGAAGUGCGUCUCGCCAGGGUUACGGGCUAUCAGAAGCUGGCCAUGUGGUUAACCAACUCGGCGCAACGACGUCUAGUGACCUUCUGCCCCAAUCGGGUACGGUAG